CCAUUUUUUACCUUAUCACAUUAACAUCCAUAGCAUCAAUCUAAAUUUCAAGUUUUAUUUUUUAGUUUUUCUUUUUCUUAUCGAUAUCUAGGAAAUAAACCAAUUUUACAAUGCUGGACAAGCCAGCAUCGGUGGGGGCCACGUGGUUUACCAAUCUGUCCGACAUACAGGUGGACGCCAUCCAACUGCUGGCCUUCUCGAUCCGGGAUGAUGGAGCCGAGGGCACAGUAUACCGCACCCAUUUGUGUCUCAGUCGAUUGGGAGUCACUCCCAUGGUGAAAUCGAGGAUGCUUCACAAGCUGAUCAACGUUUGCCGCGGCAGCGAUUUGGCCUUUCUCUACUUCCUUUUGGAAGCCUGUUACAAAGGCGCCGGUUUUGCGUACAGCGAAAGGAUUUUGAUGUCGGCUAUCACCUUUCUGGAUUUGGAGAUGACCAUGCGGGAAUUGGAUCGCAUUUUGCCACCCGGAGUGGAGCGACUGAAAAAAAAGUCGAUUGCUCCUCCGCCGGUAACUAAAUCCAUAUCCUUGCCGCCAUCGCCAAACAGAAGGCAAUCCGAUUUUGGAAAAGUCCGAUCGCCGUACUUCACGUCGCUGCCAAAACCAAAGGUGCCACAUGUGGGCAAAAAGAUCACCGCCAAAAGACCUCAUUUGGUGGUCACCUUCCCCUUUUGGCCAGCUGGCGAGAGGCCCAACUACAAGGUGAAUGACGAGAGCCGCUGGUUUGCCACCUACAAGUUCCAGCCGGUGAAGCGGAUGCUCUUCAAAAUGGUGGGCGACAUUAUGAGUGACUAUUGGGAGAAGGUGAGCGGAACGGGUAGUUUCAUUCCCGAGGAUGAAACCUUCCCCCUCUGCGAGUUCCACAAGGCGGCUCUGCGCAAGGAGCAGCUGGUCAAGGAUGCGGCUGUGGUCAAGGCGCAUAAACAAUGUCUGGCUCUCGUGGAAGUAAAUUCCCGUGAUGAUGUAGCUCUAAAGAAGCGCAUAAUUGCCCAGUUGGACAAGGACAUCGAGGACUGCACUCAGCGAUGGAAACGCCUUCGUGACCGCCAUCACACGGAUGUCAUGUUGAUCGAGGAUCACGAUCAGAUGUGCUCAAUGGGCAAGGUGCCCACAACAAGGCAGGAAAGCAAAAUCAAGCACCUUAACCUGGAGGCGGAUAUUGGUCGUUUGAAAACCAAACCCACUAUGGGUGUACAUUUAAUCACCAGCAAGGCAACCGUGAGUCGUUUGAGCAGAGUGCGGGUUUCGGAUCCGGAAGAUGAGAUUCCCUGUCCAUUGGAAGAGCCGGAGGAAAAGCUGACCAAGUGUCCGCCUCAGCUUCUGGGAAAUAAGAAGCGUACGCGGAGGGUGAUUAUGACACAAACAAAAGUAGGUGAUGAGAGGCCACCUGUAACCUGCAAGAAGCCAUCCUUGAAACCGGGACGCUUUUUCAAGAGUACUCGUCGGCACAGUCCCUUCGUGUUCCACUACCAUGAGAUACCACCAAAGGAUCAGGACCCUGCUGCUCGCGAUGUGAUGCGCAGCCAGGCCAUUCGCACCUUGAAGGAGGAAAGUUGUCCCUCCAGCGAGGAUGGCUACAAUGGGAGGAUGCAUCCGAGGGAACAGGUGGUGACCGCCAUCGUUGAGUGCGCCCAAGACAUGUGGUUCGGUUCCCUGGAGGCCUAUCAACGAAAUCAAGUUUCUCUCAAGUCCGAAAAAUUGAAAAAUUCCGAUGAGUCGGUAAAAUCCGCAACUACUCCGAUUUGUGGACUCCGAGAAGACGACGGCCUCGAGUGGACAAAGCAAAUCAAGCACUUCGAUCCCGACAAUCGGAAUCUGAUGGAACGGCUUUUAAAGGAUGGAUUUGAUAUUCUGCGACGGGAUCCGCGAUGCGUUUUUGCCGCCUUUCCCAACUCCCACAAGUCGUUCGUGAUGCAAGAGUGGAUCAAGCGACGAUAUGGAAAAACCUAUAGUCACGAGGAGAUCGGCAGGACGGUUCAGAAGGGCAUAAACACCUUUCAUCGCCUGGAGAGGAUUUUAUCGCAUGCACCCAGUGCAAAGUACGAUGGAUAUUCGGCAGAUGACACCUACGCUGACCAUAAGCGUCUAAGAGCCCUUUCCGAAAAAAUCAAGGAAGACUACCGUAUGCCGCUGAACGAUAAGAUCCUGGCCCUCACUCGAACCUGCUGGCAGGCCAUGCGACCCCAUUUGGUCAGAGGAUCCACAUUGCUGAACAGCUUUUUCGCCUAUCUGCCCGUCAGAUAUGCAGAUAUGCUGUAGAAUGUAGAAUAGUGACCAAAGAUCUGGCAAGAAAAAUUCAAUGUUUCCAAAUUGUAUGUUAGCAAAUUUUUGUACCGUCCUUUUUUACCAAUGUAUACUUUUAAGUAUGCUGAUUUUUAAUGUAAUUGACAAAGUAAUAAAUGAGAAACUCAUUUGAAAAUGAA